UUCCGGGAGCGUGAUAAUGGAAGGCGACAGCAGUUCUCAGUCGAUGCCAAGUUCGGCAAAUUUUUCUCCUGUAACUGUCACCCCGUUUUUCAUCAGCGAUAUUUUGAAUUAUAAAGGUGAUGAAGAAAAAGUUGAUGUUGUUCAUGUUGAUAGUGGAGUUCAAGAAGCGGCGUUGGAUAUGAGGAAAUCCGUUAAUGAUGAUUUAGAUUCUCGCAGUCCAUCUCUGCAGCCGCCGACUCCGGGGUACGGUUCACCCCGCCUCUCGGAAGACUCCGGGCGAGAAUCCGGAGGCAGCGGUAGCCGACCAGUUAGAAAGAAGAGAUCGAGGGCUGCGUUCACGCACGCGCAAGUUUUCGAGCUUGAACGCCGCUUUGGCCAGCAAAGAUACCUAAGCGGACCAGAACGGGCCGAUUUGGCUAAUACAUUGAAACUAACCGAAACUCAAGUUAAAAUCUGGUACCAAAACCGCCGUUACAAAACUAAACGCAAACAACUCCAGAUGCAAGAGACCAACAUGGUCAAUUCCAACGGCCGAAAAGUGGCUGUCAAAGUUCUGGUUAAAGACGACAUGCCAAUUUUCAUUCAAAAACCGCCUAUGCCGCCUAUGUACCCGAAGAACGCAUUCUUCCCGGAACCGAAUCAACCGGAUUUUUUCAUCUACGACCACAUUAACAAGACCAUGGUCCAGAAAUAUCCGAAAACAAUACAACAAUCGAUGCUGGAUCUUUGCCAACAAUAUUCCAACUCCAUGAAUCUCUUCCCGUACUUGAACUAUUAUCAUCCCACGUUGAUUGGGAAUUUGUGUCAACACGAGGAUGACGUUGCAGCAGAGACUAGGGAGUAGAAUUGAAGAGUGGAAAUUCGGAAGGGUCUAAAUGCCGCUUUUACCAAAUUUUAGAUUUUAAUUGCUUAGGGGUCUAUGUGCCAAGGCUAAUAGCGUACAAAACUGUCUAUGUGCCAUCCACUAAAUGAACUAACCAUUCCAAAUAUUUAACAUUGUUAGUAUUGAGGGAGUAGGUAUUGCGGGUUUGGGGCAAAAAAAAUCAAAGACCUUUACUUAUCGAAAAAUGCCACGGCAGUAAAAGGUUCUUUUGGACAUAGACCCUUUUUACGUUUCCUUGGUACACUUGGCGAAUCAUAAAACUGGUUUUCCUAUUGUGCUGUAUCGUGUAAAUCGACCUUUAUCAUCACCUCAAAAAUGACAAUAAGAGUCAAGUUAGUGUCAUCUUUAAAUCAAACAAAAUGCCGCAGCAAAUACUUUUGACAUUCGAUGUUGACAAAAACUGUCUAGCCUAAGUUUUUGAGAAGAAACUUUUUGUUGUUUAGCCAGAUUCACAUUAGGCAAAUUUAAAAAAAAAAUUAUUGCCUGUACCAGUUUUAUGAUUGGCCAAGUGUACUUGGCACUUAGGACCUUCUAGUAGUGUGUAGGUAAGUUUUUGUCUUCAGUAUGGAACUAUGUAUGUAGUUCAUAUAUAAAACUAUUUCAAAAAAUUCGUUUUAGACAUGUUCUAUGUGAUAUCUCUGUUUAAUUUUUUUGGCACUAAGACCCUUCUGAAUUUCGAGUCUUCAAUUAUAGAUAAGAUAUAGACUAGUUUAUAGAUAUUAAGCAAUAAUACUUUUAGUAGGUUCCUAGAUUACGAUACCAAAGAAAUUAUGCUUUCCUAAAGCUUUAAUAAAUUUAGUAAAUUGAUCUUCUUGAUCCUAAAAAUUCUAAAUUUUUUAUUUGGAGUCGAGGACUAUUUUUUGUUUGUUAAAUCAUUUGUAAUUUUUUUUUAUGCAUUUCUUUUCGUAAAAGUAAUCUUUUGUUUAAUUUGGAAGUGGUACGUAAUGUGGAAUUAUUUUGGGCUUGCAUUGCCUUUAUAGGUUUAUAGUUUAUUUUCAGUACUAUUAUUUCGCUUUGACCGUUGAUUAUUUCCGGUCGUUAUUAUCGCAGUUUAUGAUUGAUUCGAGUCCAAAAUUAAAUUAAGUAUUUGUUUAUGUUUAGUUGCUAUAAAAUUAUUAAGUAAUUUUACAAUUUUUGUGAUAUAUUGUAAAUAACAAAUACUUAUUAAAAUUAUAUGAUUUAUC